UGGGCCAGAGAAAUUUUGCUAUGUGGGUAGUGUGAAUAUUUAUGUAUCUAAUCGCUGCUACGUCACCUGCAUCAUUUAGUGUGUUUCAAAUCCGAAUUUAUUCAACAUUUUGUGCGAUUAGACGGUGUGUAUGGUGACAAAAAGGUCAGGAGUGAUGAGAUUAGGUCGUUUCAUUGGACAUGAUGGCCUCCACAGAAGUGCACAGGUUGAUUAUUGAGGCUUUUGUCUUCCUAAAGGUCUCUGUCCCACUAUCACAGUCUACGUAAACCGCACAGGCUCCAUAUAAAAGACACACCAGCAGCUUAAGAAGGUGUUAGACUUGCUUUUAAACCGCGAAGGAUCACUUCAAAGUAGUUUUUAGUGCCUGAAACGUCUCGUCGUCCUGAUGUGUAGAGUUGCAGUACUCGUGUUUGGCCUGCUGGUUGCGCUGCUGGGCGGCGCUCAGGCCACAGAUGGACACUCGAUCUACGGCGUGAAGCUCUGCGGGAGAGAGUUCAUCCGGGCGGUGAUCUUCACCUGCGGAGGCUCGCGCUGGAGGAGAUCUCUGGAUGAUUCAGGUGAUCUGUCCAGUGAUCUGCUCUCCGCUCAUGAUGACGAGGCCUCUGAAAGAUGGGCCUUAAACUCAGUCAUCCCUGGACUAUCAUACAGACCCCGUCCCAACUCGGAGACCCCUAGCUGGGCAGCAGAGGCUUCGGAGGGCCCUGUGUUCAGCCGUACCGCCCGGUCGGUCAUCUCAGAGGAAGUGCUGGAGGCCCUGCGCACGUCAGACAGGAAAGGCCGUGAUGUCGUGGUCGGCCUGUCCAACGCCUGCUGCAAAUGGGGCUGCAGCAAGAGCGAGAUCAGCUCAUUAUGUUAAAAGAGAAUCCUGCGAAUCCAGAGAGCCUGUGGGUUAAUAAGAGGAGCCCUUAUUAUGUGACAUUACAGGAAAAAUGGCAAGCUUUUAAUGUCUUGUAAAAGCCUCUCUGAUUGUGCAGGAACAUUCUGUUAGGUGAUUGGAUUGGGGUUUUGGAUGGGAAAACUGGAUGUAAAAUGUUUGCUGUGCUUACAAGAUUGGUAUAUACUGCGUAACCUGUAGUAAUAUGCAAUCUCAAAAAUAAAAAAUAUAUUGUUUAAAAAAACAGAAGGAAUGUGCAAUGCAAAUUCUUCAGCGUUUUUUAUCUUUCUGUUUAAAGGUUGUUCCUGUGAAAUAGUGAAAAUGUACACCUGGAAUAUACAGGAAAAGCCGAAUUUAGUCAAAAGUUAUCUUUUUUAAAGCAUGGUCUCUCUUGGCGUGAUGCUCUUGUUUGGGUAUUGAUUUAAAGUGACGGUCAGUUCAACAAAAAUUUUUAAAAAAGGGUGAAAGGGGUAGACUUUCUAGAGUUAUUCGCUUUAUUUUCUAUUUAAUUAUGAGAUUUCAAUGUUGCUUUUAGUGACAUUUUUAGCUGGGUUAGCUUGUCAGAUGGUCUUCAUAACCACACUUUUUGAUGUACCAAUCAUACAUGUUAAAUACACAUUACUACAGUUAAAGGGAAAAUUAU